UUGAGGCUCGAACCCUAGCCCGGCCUUCGGAUCUUUUGGUUUGUACGUAAACAGGUUCGGUAAUUCGGUUGCGUUGGCCGGUACUUAAAGAAUAGAAUAAAGGACAGUAUAGACUACAGGGUGGCUAGUUUGAAAAUCUGUUAAUUUUGAAGAGGGCGGGGAAAAUGGUAAGAGGAACACUCAAAAGAGACAGGUAAUUGAAACUUUGACUGGCGUCCUCUUUUGUUUCUUCCUUAAGACUCGAUUUUCUUGGUUCUCUCUUUCCUUCUCUCUCUAUGAACGGUUACUAAAUAUAGCAGACUAAUGCGUCAAAGCCCUUUACUUGAUUAAAGGAAUGCACAUGCCUUACUGCUCCUCUGAAACUAGGAAACUUUUUCUAUGGUCUGGAGCUGAAGUUUUCUGGGUUGGGUCUAGAUUUCUCAAGGUGAUUCUUGUUCCCUAGUGGUGGUCCAAAAGAGAAAUAUUAGUUUGCGCGAAAUGAAACAGGGGUUUUCGAUGAUUGUUCAAGCCGGAGAGCCGUUGAAGUGGAGGACUACGGGGUGGUGGGAAAUGAGUUGCUUUCCUUCUUGUAAGUCUGAAUGCAAAUGGAUUCCAUUGAAGAAGAGAAGCAAGGAAAUCAAAGAUGGGGCUACAUUAGACUCAUUUUUCGAAAACAUUACCUUUAAUUCUGGUAGCACCAGGGAAAGGAUAGCUGAAGAGAUACUGAAAAUGGGAAAAGGGAAUAUUGCUGCUCAAACCUUCACAUUUCGGGAGUUGUCAGCUGCAACUAAAAACUUCAAAUCCGAAUGUCUACUGGGAAAAGGCGGCUUCGGGAGAGUGUACAAGGGACUGCUUGAGAGCACAAACCAAGCUGUGGCUGUUAAGCAACUUGACCGAGAUGGAUUGCAAGGAACCAGAGAAUUCCUUGUGGAAGUUUUGAUGCUGGGUCUUCUUCACCACCCAAACCUUGUGAAUCUUAUCGGCUAUUGUGCAGAUGGUGAUCAAAGGAUUUUAGUGUAUGAAUACAUGCCACUGGGGACCCUAGAAGACCAUCUUCUUGAUUUACCUCGAGAUAAGAAACCUUUGGAUUGGAAUACUAGGAUGAAAAUUGCUGCAGGUGCAGCCAAAGGUCUUGAAUACUUGCAUGACAUGGCUGACCCCCCAGUAAUUUAUCGUGAUUUCAAAGCAUCUAACAUACUGUUGGACGAGGGUUUCAAUCCAAGACUCUCUGAUUUUGGGCUUGCCAAGCUGGGUCCAAUUGGUGAUAAAACCUAUGUGUCUACAAGAGUAAUGGGAACCUAUGGCUAUUGUGCACCUGAGUAUGCAAUGACAGGUCAGUUGACAAAAAGGUCCGACAUGUACAGUUUUGGAGUCGUGUUACUGGAGAUAAUCACAGGAAGGAGAGCCAUUGACCUUGAAAGAUCUAAAUCUGAAAGGAAUCUUAUUACUUGGGCAAGACCACUGUUCAGGGAUAGGUCGAAAUUUGAAUUAAUGGCUGACCCACUACUCGAGGGAAAGUACCCCUUAAAGAGUCUAUACCAAGCUCUUGCGAUUGCAGCAAUGUGUCUCCAAGAUGAAGCUAGUACCCGGCCUCUGAUCGGUGAUGUUGUAACUGCUCUUGAGUAUCUAGCUUUACCAAAAAGUGAAGACAGAAGUAGUAAAGAUAAUCUGAGCUCAUCUUCUAUUGAUAUAGACAGUUUCAGAUGCUAGAUCACAUUGUGAUGUGGAUAGAGGAGAAGAAAGUGUUAGUAGAGUCAAUGGACCAUAACUUUGUUGCAUAAUAAUGAAUGGAAUUGCAUAUACGCAGCAGCAUCAAUCAAAACCCAUUAACCUUGUGAUAAUUUGCUUUUAUUUGAAAUCCAGUUUGUAUAGAGCCUUGUUCUUCCUCCAUCCUGUUAUGGUAUGAAUAAUGUAUAAAACCAACAAACCAGACCCAAAACUGGGAUUAGCUGAUCAUAAAUAUCCAUUUAUAUACUUUC